AUGGAUCGCAUCCGGCAGAUAUUCGAUCGCGAGAACACUUCGGCAUCGUAUGAGCCACUAGAAGGAGGAUCUGAGCGGCCAGAUGGCGAGCGUAUCGAACGCGAGGAUCAGGCAUUCUCGUGGACGGACUAUGCUGUCUUCACCCUGUUGGGUGUCUCCAUGCUAUGGGCUUGGAACAUGUUCUUAGCAGCAGCCCCGUACUUCCAGCGACGCUUCGAGUCCAGCGAUAACCUCCUCCGCAACUUCCAGUCCUCCAUCCUCUGUGUCUCCACCGUAGGCAACCUCGGCUCCAUGAUCGUCUUGACCAAGCUCCAGGCUCGUGCCAACUACCCCAAACGCAUCGUCGCAUCGCUCGCCCUGAACGCUGUCGUCUUCACCCUUCUCGCCAUAUCCACAAAGUUCUUCCUGAACAUAUCCGUCGGUGUCUACUUCGCUUUCCUCAUGGUCAUGGUGUUAAGCGCCAGCCUUGCCACAGGCCUGUGCCAGAACGGCGUCUUUGCAUAUGUAUCGGGCUUUGGAAGAGAGGAAUAUACCCAAGGAAUCAUGUCUGGUCAAGGCAUUGCCGGUGUCUUGCCUUCCAUCACCCAGAUCAUAUCGGUUCUGUCUGUGCCUAAGAAGCAGCAUACCGACGGAGCGCCGCAAGAGUCUAGCACCUCUGCUUUCAUCUACUUCUUGACCGCCACGGCUGUCUCCGCUGCAACAUUGGUAGCCUUCUUUUACCUCCUCUCCAGGGCUAGCUCGAAGCAGCGCAUGUCGCUAGCAUCGUACGACCAAGGACCCGAAUACGGUCCAACUCACAACGAGCGCAAGAGUGUGCCACUGACAAGGAUGCUGAAGAAGCUCUUCUGGCUCGCCGGCGCCGUCUUUAUCACCUUCGCAAUUACCAUGUUCUUCCCUGUCUUCACGCCACAAGUACUAAGCGUACGCGAUCCAGCAACGGCUCCUCGCCUUUUCCAACCAGCAACUUUCAUCCCUCUAGGCUUCUUUUUCUGGAACCUUGGUGACCUCAUGGGUCGAGUGGGACCCGCUCUACCUGCCCUUCGUCUUACGCAUCGUCCACGCCUCUUGUUCUUUCUGUCCAUCGCGCGUGUACUCUUUAUACCCUUGUACUUCCUCUGCAACAUUGGUGGGAAAGGCGCCGCCGUCAACUCCGAUUUCUUCUAUCUCUUCAUUGUACAGCUGCUCUUCGGCAUAACAAAUGGCUACUUGGGUAGCAGUUGCAUGAUGGGUUUCGCCGGGCGGGUCGAACCAGAAGAACUUGAGGCAGCAGGAAGCUUCAUGUCGCUAUCUUUAGUUGGCGGCCUUACUACGGGAAGCUUCCUCAGUUUCUUCGCAGCACAGUCCUCGUGA